AUGACUCUUAUAACUCAUAAACUACUGUUCGACAAAAAUGCUGAGUUUUUCUUAUCUACGAUCCUAUCAAGCUUUCAACGUCCUGUCUUGACAUUCUUAGUUCCGACCACUACCCCCGAGUUUGAUAUAAAUUUGAUUAGUGUGUACACAAAAACUAACCUACACAAAAAGGUAUUGAUUUAA